ACGGACUUUCAAUUAUGAAAUGUAGAGUGUAAUCAACAAUCGUUAACAGUAGUCCGUGUUCAGUGAGCGGCGACACUAGUUGCUAGUUGCUCGGAGACCGUGCGAGGGGCAGGACGCACUGUCGGUACUCGCUUUACGCUAACUACGCUAGUAUGGAGCAAUAUGAUAUAGUGGACUUCUCCUCAUUAGGUGAAACAGCAAAACAAUUAAUACAAGAGGCGGCUCACAUACGACAACGGGCUUACUGUCCGUAUUCCAACUUCGCAGUGGGAGCCGCCAUCCUUACAGAAGAGGACGAACGAAUGUACACGGGAUGCAACAUAGAAAGCUCGACACUCACUCCUACUAUAUGCGCGGAAAGAGCCGCGGUUCCGAGGGCUGUUUGUGACGGCUACACCAAAUUCAAAAUGGUAGCAGUGGUGGCACAUCAGAAGGGAACAUUCACCGCCCCCUGUGGCGUCUGCAGGCAGGUCCUGAGCGAGUUCCGCAGCUCAGAUGGAGACAUCGAAAUCUAUCUCAGCAAACCCACUAUGGACAAAAUCUUGUGCACCAAAAUGUCUAAACUCUUACCACUUUCAUUCGUGAGUUACAAAAUAGACAGUGUGACAUAAGUGUUUAUUAUUAUUUAAGUUGAUAUAUAUAAGACGUUUUAUAUUGUGAUAAGAGAAAAACAAAAUUUA